AUGUGGCUCCUGGAGAAGAUCCGUGGCUCUGUGGAAGGUAACGUUCAUCGACAGGGAGAUUCCUCUGCAGACAAGCAGAGCAAAGCCCCCACCUACUGCAAUGUCCUAACCCCUGACAAGAUACCAGAUUUCUUUAUUCCCCCCAAACUGGUAUGCUGUCCCCCAGAGGCCGAGACACCAGAAAUCAAGCCAAAGAAUGGCCUACACUCUUCCACCUCAGAGCAGAUCAUCUGUAACAAGACCCCUCAGGGUAGUCCGCGAAGCCCCAGACUCAUCAGCAAGCUGGCCGGCGACACCAAGAACCUCCUGAAGGCCGCUAACCGCCACAUCAUCCAGAUCGAGAGUGCCGACGAUCUCACAGCGGGAGACGUGGGUGACCUCAACACAAACGCCGACCCCCAGUCUCAGACCGCCAUGUCACUGCCUUACGUGCCGAAAGCUCAAACGUCGUACGGUUUCGCCACGCUGAUGGAGAGCCCGCACACGCGCCGCAAAGAAUCCCUCUUCCACAGCGAUCCAACCAGCCCUCUCACCUCACCCAAUGCCCAGCGCAGGUCUCAGAGUAACCGCCUCAACCCCAGCGACUACAACAUAUCUCAUUCGAACCCAUACCGUUACUUCAGCGGGGGGGAGAGUGACACCUGCUCAUCAGCCGAGUCUUCUCCCUUCAGUUCUCCUCUACUCUCCCGAUCCGCGUCUCUCCUCAAGAUGUUCACCCAUGAGACCCAGGCUAAAGUAUCCAAGGCCAAGCGAACAUUUGCGCGUCACAGCUCCCUCUCCACAGAUGAGUGCAGCUCCGUAGAGACCAGUCCCAACAUCACGCGACGUUUCCGCUGCCCCCCCUCCCCAGCGUUUGGUGGGCGUAAAGCAGGCCCCAUGGAUCGCCUGACUCAGCACACAGUCAAUCUGCACAAAGGCGGUACGUUGCGCCUCUGUACGGAUUAUGACACGGACGCCGCCCGGCUUCGUGUCAGGGUGUUGGCUGCUGAGGACCUCUAUGAUAAACAGUUUGACAUUAAGAGCAUCAACUGCUGUGUGGCUCUAUACCUGAAUCCGGGCAAGCAGCAGAAACAGAGGAGCACCAUCAUCAAGAACAGCCGAAACCCCGUGUUCAACGAGGACUUCUUUUUUGACUCGCUGCCCGCUGUGCAGGUGAAGACCAUGGCGAUUAAGAUGAAGGUUGUGAACAAAGGCACAAGUCUGAAGAGAGACACACUGCUUGGGGAGAGGGAAGUUCCUCUGAGGGAGCUGCUUUCUGGGUUCUAG